GAAAAUAAGUAAAAUUUUAUAAUAAAGAAUAUUCUGGAAAAUGCAGUGGAAAAAAGCAUAAGUGUUUGUAUAGAAAUAAAAACUCUUUCAGAAGUAUAAAUCUGUGUGCUGGCCAUUUUUGAUCAUAGACUAAUUUUGUUCAAGUUUCUUCUUUUUUUAGUCUGCGACAUUUCCGAAGAAGGGAAGGGGAAUUUUAUUUGAAAUUUUUGAAUUUUAUAGAGUAAAAACCUAACUUAUUUUGUAAAUCAUGGCUCCAUCCAUGUUCAAAUUAUCUGCUGCAUUAUUGAACCCAUCAAAAAAUCUUCGGUGCGUUGUUCGUGCAGUGCAAAAAUGCAACAUUUCGACCACAAAUGUUGCUGCGAGGAAGGAACGCGACACGAUGGGCGAGUUGGAGGUGCCGGACGACAGGCUGUACGGUGCCCAGACCGUCAGGUCCGUCAUGAACUUCCCUAUUGGAGGUAUUGAGGAGCGCAUGCCGUACCCUGUCAUCAUCGCCUUCGGUAUCUUGAAAAAAGCCGCCGCAAAAGUCAAUAUCGAAUUCGGUCUUGACAAAAAAAUUGCGGACGCUAUUAUGCAGGCGUGCGAUGACGUUAUAUCCGGCAAGCUGUACCGCGAGGGGCACUUCCCCCUUGUCAUCUGGCAGACUGGAUCCGGCACUCAGUCCAACAUGAACACCAAUGAGGUGAUUGCCAACCGGGCGAUUCAGAUCCUCGGCGGCAAACUCGGCAGCAAGACACCCGUGCACCCUAACGACCACGUGAACAAGUCGCAGAGUUCCAACGACACGUACCCCACAGCUAUGCACGUGUCCGUCGCCAUGGAACUGCGGGACAGACUCAUGCCUGGUCUGGUUGGUCUCAGGGAUACCCUGGAGGCUAAGUCUAAGGAGUUCGACAAGAUCAUCAAAAUCGGAAGGACGCACUUGAUGGACGCGGUGCCGCUGACGCUGGGGCAGGAGUUCAGCGGCUACGCGGCGCAGCUGACGUUCGGCAUCGAGCGCGUGUGCUCGACGCUGCCGCGCCUGCACUACCUGGCGCUGGGCGGCACGGCCGUGGGCACCGGCCUCAACACGCGCAUCGGCUUCGCGGAGAAGUGCGCCGCCGAGAUCGCAUCCAUCACCGGCAUCCCAUUCGAGACCGCCCCCAACAAGUUCGAGGCGCUGGCCUGCCACGAUGCCAUGGUGGAAGUAUCGGGAGCGCUCAACACGAUCGCGGUGUCUCUCAUGAAGGUCGUCAACGACAUUCGUUUGCUGGCGUCCGGACCCAGGUGCGGUCUUGGCGAGCUUAUGCUGCCUGAAAACGAGCCUGGAUCAUCCAUCAUGCCUGGCAAGGUGAACCCCACACAGUGCGAGGCCCUGACGAUGAUCGCGGCGCAGGUGAUGGGCAACCAUGUGGCCUGCACCAUCGGCGCCAGCAACGGACACUUCGAGCUCAACGUAUUCAAGACCAUGAUCGUCGCCAACGUGCUGCGCUCUAUCAGGCUUCUUGGUGAUGGUUGCGACGCAUUCAACAAGCACUGUGCCGAAGGCAUCAAGGCCAACACCGCCACCAUCUCCAAGAUUAUGCGCGAGUCGCUCAUGUUGGUCACCGCGCUCAACCCGCACAUUGGUUACGACAAGGCCGCCCAAAUUGCCAAGACAGCUCACAAAGAAGGAGGUACCCUGAAAGAUACUGCUGUGAAGCUAGGCAUCCUGACAGCCGAACAGUUCGACCAAUGGGUAAAGCCAGAGAACAUGCUGGGACCCAAGUAAAUGAACAUACCCAACAACCAGGAACUUAUGAAGAACAUCUUUAUGUUGUAAUUGGUAUCAUUAUAUUGUAUUUGCUAACAAAAUUCCGUGACAAACUUAGUUUGUUAAAUAUCUUGAAUGUAGCAAAUAUCAGAUAUUUAUUCUAAUUACAACAUAGAGUCAUUAAAUUAAUUAAAUAGUGACUCGCAUUUAUGUUACCCGCUCUUGUUAUAGUUCGAUGUACUGUUUUGUCUGUUUUAGUAAAAAUGUAUUAUUUAUACGUCGUUUACCGCAUGGACUGUUAUUA